UAAUAUGAUUAAGAGCUUUUGAUGGAAUGUAUAAAUAUAUAAAAAUGAUAUCGUGAAAUCGUUCUUCCAUGAACAUCUGAAAUACGGCAUUUGGUCACGAAACUUUAGUGUGGUGCUUCUUUCAUUUCUAACAAAGAUUAUAAUACUCUAGUUCCUAAACGAACUGUGAUACGUCUACGUCCGAUUGCCGACUGUCAAAAUAUAAAAAUGAUCGAAGAAACACGAAAAAAAACUUUUUUAGGUUUUGAUUUUAGUACGCAAAGGUUAAAAGCGGUGGUAAUCGGAGAAGAUUAUAUUAUACAGCAGGAGGCUGAUGUGGAAUUUGAUAAUGAUUUGCCAGAGUUCAGGACAUUUGGUGGAGUGGUGCGUGGUGAGAGGGGUGAGGUGACCGCACCAACACUACUUUGGGUCAAAGCCCUCGAUAUGGUCAUGGAUAGACUAGUGGUUGCAGGUGUUGACUUUUCUUCCAUUGAAGCACUUUCUGGUGCAGCACAGCAACAUGGAUCAGUAUGGUGGGCGAAAGGAUCUGAAACAAAACUCGGUAGCUUGUCACCUGAUGAGUUCUUGCAUACUCAGCUGGCAACGGCAUUUGUUGUUGACUCUCCGGUAUGGAUGGACUCUAGUACCACUGCUGACUGUAGAGCUCUUGAAGAAGCUGUAGGAGGACCAGAGGAACUAGCUAAAAUAACAGGAUCCACAGCGUAUGAACGCUUCACAGGCUCUCAGAUCCGGAAGAUGUUCCGCACCAGAGAGAGAGCUUAUCAGGCCACUGAGAGGAUCUCACUGGUCUCGUCAUUUGCAUGCUCGCUGUUCCUCGGCAAAAUAGCACCGAUUGACUUCUCAGAUGGCUCCGGAAUGAAUCUUUUAGAUAUAAAAACUAAGAAAUGGUGUGAAAAGGCUUUGAAGGCUUGUGGUGAUGAUACAUUGGAAAGUAAACUUGGAGCACCCGUACCAACUUGGUCAGUGUUGGGAAAAAUAUCUCCUUACUAUGUACAGCGCUACGGAUUUAGACCAGAUUGCAAAGUGGUCGCAUUUACUGGUGAUAAUUGCUCUGCUUUAGCUGGGCUUCGCCUACGAUCGGGCUGGGUAGGUCUCAGCUUAGGCACGAGUGAUACACUACUUUUGGGACUGUCAGCACCAGCUGCGCCUUCAGCUGGCCAUGUGCUGGUGGGGCCUACACCAGAUGCGCCUUACAUGGCGCUGUUGUGUUUCGCUAACGGUUCCCUUACACGUCAGCAUCAUCGUGACCGUCUCGUUGGUACAAGUUGGGACGCCUUUAGUGAAUUGCUAAGAGCUACUGUUAGAGGAAAUAUGGGAUACAUGGGUAUAUAUUACGAGACAGCGGAGAUAGUGCCGCGUGCGGGGGCGGGGCGCUGGGUGUAUGACGGGGCGGGGCGGAGGGCGGAGCGCCCUCAGCCACAGUUUGAGGCGCGGGCGCUGCUCGAGGGGCAAGCGCUCGCACGCCGAGCACACGCUGAAGACAUGGGUUUUAAACUAGACUCGUCGUCGCGUCUUGUGGCGACAGGUGGCGCCUCCGUCAACAGGGAGCUGCUGCAGAUCUUCGCUGAUGUAUUCAAUACACCUGUAUAUGUACAGGAAGAGCACGCAAAUGCUGCUCUGCUCGGAGCCGCCAUACGAGCUGCUGAAGUAUGGAGCUCUGAUGCUGGAGUUAAGCUCAAUGGUUCAGAACCAACCCUGUCACCUGUCGCCACCCCCUACCCCGACAGUGAAAAGAUAUACACCCCCAUGUUGAACCGAUACCGGCUAAUUAUAAAAGAUAUACCCAAACUGCAAUAAAUAUUAACAUAUAUAUAAAAUAUAUCUCAUACAUACAUAAAACUUUAUAAAAUAGCUAAAAUCUACAUCACGUGAUAGUCAAAAU